AUGCACAUCUACAGCAAAGACCAGCAAGCGUUUCACCUGCAGCGUACCCCCGCGGAGAAGUGGUGGUCGCGCAUGAACACGUUUAUCGUGGUUGUGCAACUUGCGUGCUUCCUCUCUGCUAUCAUCCGCACCGUCUCUGCUGCAUCGAACUCCAUGACGAACAACUUUUUCAUUAACUCAAUCCUCUCCCUCACGCCGCCGUACAUUGUAGAUGACUGCGUCUUCAACGUGACCCGGCGCCACGCCUUCUUCAACAAUGUGCAGUUCUCGAUGAGCAAAGACAACAUCGGCUACUUUGUGAGCCGUGGUGUGCUGAACAUUCGCUACUUGAUCGCUCUCGCCGGCGUGCACGUGGUGGUGAGUGCGACAAAUCGGCUGUUGUUCGAGACGAACACCCACGAAAUCCGCUACCACUUCGUGAUCUUCCGCAAGGACAUGCUGACCACCUGGGAAAUCCUGCUGAUGGUGCUCGCCUUCAUUGCGGCCCUCGGUAUUACAGAGGAGAACCGAAUCAUGACAAACUACAUCACCUUCUGCUCUAAGCAGAAAACCGUCAGCAACAACUUCUACCACUCGGUGCAGCCGUACACGGAGCUCAUCGUGUCGUACAUCGUAUCCAUUACCGUGACGGUGAUCAACGGCGCGUUUGCGGUGUGGAACCUGUCGGACAAGAACCCGCUUGACAUCAUGCGGCGCGAGGCAAAGCAGCGGCAGGAAGAGUGGAAGAAGAUGAUGCAGCAGUACUAUGGAGUGAGUUACCCUGGCACCACCACCACCACUGUGAGCCCCAACGAAGACGCAGCAGCCGCACCCCCUGCAAGCGGCAAUGGGUCAGCUAAGGACGGCGAAGCAGGCCCGCUACAGCAUCCCCACAACCACACCACUCACAAAGGACUCGGCCACCACCUCACUGCGAUUUCAUCAUCGCUGCGGCGGCGGCGCUCGCACUCGGAGAACUCGCUGGAGCUGGACGUGCUACAACCGUCAUUGCAGCCCGCACCGUCGUCGUCUCCACAGCAGGCGCAGGGGGCGCCGCAAAUCGGCCCAAGCGUCAGCCGCCCCCUAACCCCGCUCUUGAACGACGAGUACGACCAGGUGGAGAUGCCGGAGAUGCGCCCACAGAGAGUGGGUGAAGGCACCCUUGAUAACAAUGUAGGAUCUCCGAUUGCCAUGAUGGGUGGUCCCAGCGUCGUUAUGGACUCCUCCCACUCUGGUCAGUACGACUUGCAGGAAGUUUAUGAUGACGUAGACGAUGAGCGCGGCGCUGCCGUGGAGGACGACGCUAAUAUCGGUUUCCUUCAGGGCGGUGAGGCCUCUUAUGGUGCUGGUAUUGUGAACGGUGGCCUUCGUGGCCGCAUCCGGAGUGGCUCGGACGCAUCGACGGCUCUUCUGGCCACCCGCGUCACCAACGCGCCACCGCCACCGCCACCACCCGUGUACAGUGGUGAUCAUCGGCAGUGGCCGCAGAUGAGCCAAGGCUCGAUGCUGGCGCCGCCCUCUCCACUGCAGGGUGGGGCUGAGACCACAGACGACACGGUGCAGUUGCAGUGA